UGUCCAAGAAAUGGCGUAGGAAUGAUGGCUUCGAGUGUGAUUUUUGUUGGUUCCUGCAGCUGUACAGCAGGUCUUACCUUCGUACUGUAACUGCCAAGACACGGCCACGUUCGUACUUUCACUUGGAAGAUCUGGAGUGUACGUUAUGAAUGGCUGAAGCCAUGAGUAACGAUUCGAAGCACGAUUCUGAUUGGGACCCAAAGGCGGGCCUCCCGAGUCCAACGUUACCGGACAAAUUUUCCUUUUCGCGCACGUCGUCGACAGGAUCCAUAGACAAUAUCCUGACGUCCUCAGCUCACAACACAGAUGAUGAGGAUAGCGACCACAAGUCCACCAUUAGCUACAAGGAACGCAGAAGGGAAGCCCACACACAGGCUGAGCAGAAACGCAGGGAUGCCAUCAAAAAGGGCUACGACGACCUACAGAUGCUGGUGCCCACAUGCCAACAAGACAGCACAAACUCGUUCAAAAUGAGCAAAGCAACAGUGCUUCAGAAAUCCAUAGAUUACAUAACAUUCUUGCUACAACAGAAAAAAAAACAUGAAGAGGAACUCUCUGCUCUGAGGAAAGAAGUUGUUGCCCUGCAAAUAAUGAAAGUUAACUACGAGCAAAUCGUCAAAGUACACCAAAGUCAACCUGGCCAAAACAAGAAUCAUAUCAGUGAUGAAAUCAAGUUUCAAGUGUUCCAGGCGAUUGGAGACUCCCUGUUCCAGACGUUCAACUCGUCAAUAUCGGUUUCCAGCUUUGCUGAACUGUCUGCUUGUGUGUUCAGCUGGCUUGAAGAAUACUGCAAGCCUCAAACGCUCAAGGAUGUUGUGGUUCAAAUACUGUCCCAGCUGAACCAGACGAUGGGGUCACAGCAAUCAUAGCAUUCGCGGUCGGCAUGGAUGGAGCUGGCGCUCGGCAUGUAGCAUAAUCUUGAGGGUCUUCUUAUCUAAGGGAAGAUUUUUGUUGGGGCUUUUCAAAAACAAAUUUUUCCCAGUCCUUUCAAUGUGUGGUUGUCAUGGUUGCGAGUGCAAAACAGUGAUUUAGUCUAUAGUGAUUUCAAGCACUAAUUUCAUGCAGCAGGCAAACAUUUUUUUGUUCUGAGGAGGGCGAGCCACUUAGAUGACUUCGUUGCAAGUACAAGUAGAACCUCAGAACCUGCUCAUACACAACAUGACAAUAUCUUUGUCAUCUCUGAUAUUAAUUUUCGGCUUACAUGCAUAUAACAGAGGACAAACAGAUGCGAGCAAGUUGAUCUGAAAGAUAGGCCACCCACAUGAUACUUGCAGCAUGCCACUCUUAAUUGUAAUGACUGGUCAGUUGCCUAAAGUGCUAAUUAGUAAAUGCAUGUUACACCACCUCUAAGUGUGCAACCAUGCAAUCGGUGUGACUAGCCAGAUCUGUAUACUGGCUGCUGCUUGAAAAGCUAAACCAUUGGCUGAUAAGCGCUCUUUUUUGUUAUACUGUUCUAUAUUGAGUUCCUCCUGCUGAGUGCUCGGCACUUUCGCUGGCAGAAUGCACACCCCGAGUCUCUUAGUCAACAGAUGAUCAGUUCACUGUAAGUGAUACUGUUUUGGACCUGGGCUGAGUAGUUUUGUUAUAGCAAUAGAGAAUUUGUGUAAAUAAAGCAGGAGCACCCAAGUUUUAGAUAUGCAUAGUUACAGGCAAUAAUUUAUUCAUCUUGAAAUUUUUGCACAAGUGCACAGGAACACAGAAAGGAAGACAAACGGGCACUGUCUUCCUUUCUGUGUCCCUGGGUGCUUGCGCAAAAUUUCAAGAUGGAUAUGUUCCAACUAGGUCGAAUCGCAGCUUUGCUUCAAUAAUUUAUUUGAUCUUUGUACCAUAUUUUCCAGACAAUUAUUUACAUCCUUUGUGCAGAUUGAAUGGGCAAACUUUGAAAACUGGUUUUCCGGCUUGUUUGCAAUCAUUAAGUAGUUGGGAAGCUAAUCAUUUUGUUGUCCAGGUAGCAAAAGAGGGAUGUUUAUCAAUCUGCAUCUAGGAGCUAAUUCUAAAAUCUGCUUAGUUUUCUCAGGGCUGCCAGAACAAAGCUUGUCAGGCUGGAUGAACAGCUAUUCAUCAUUUUUGUCUUCAGAUUUUUCAGCUCUUGUGCUUGCUGAACUGCACUUGGUUGGAAAUAGGCCAUAAAAGACUUUCUUUUCAGGCAGCAUCACAGCUUCUUUUUGUACUAGUAGGAAGUUUAGCAUAUUGCGCCUUAUUUAGUGAGCUUUUAUGCACAAGUUUGCAAGUUUAAGCACUGAGAGCAGCCACUAUGGCAUGCGCCUAUUUUUUCUUGUAUCACGAGCUGCCAUUGUCAGCUGGGAUUCUUGCUUAUCCACAGCAGAUGUUAUUGUACGUUGCUUUUGCUUAGUGAUGUAGCGGCACGAUGCACUGGUGCAUCUAAUUUUGCCUUUUCUUCAAGCACAUCCCUCAUUCUUGACACUUUGCACCUGUGAAAUUCCAGCUUUUAGUAGUGUACUCCAUUGACUAUAGUCUCAGAAAUAAGCCAUGUUACUGAAUGUUGGUGGUUCAACCAGUUUGUUCUGUGUAGUGCAUGAUCUGAAGCCUGAACUAUGUACUUGUCCUGUAUAAUUGGCAUUAAUUACAACUAGACACUGCCGCUAAUUGUGCGAGAUGGUUUUCCUAUGACAGCUUCAAAUAUACGAAAGUAUAUUUUGGGGUGCACAUUGACCCUGACAAUAUUUGUCAAGGCUUUGGCUUUUGCAGUGUAAUUAAGCAAAAAAAAAAAGGUACAGGACAAAACACUUGUCAAGUUCUUGUUGUUGAAUCUUGGAAUCUGUAUUCUUGCUGGUGCAAUCCUGAGUAAUUUAGCAAGAAUUCUAUUUUGGCGCUCGUUUAAUUUGUAGGUGUAGGUGAAAAUUUUAAGGGGGGGGGAGCUCAUGAAGGAGCAAUUAUAGGAAACACUUCCAAGAUGCUGCACUUACGGACAUUCACACUGUUGACUAUCGGGAAAGAUUUGUAUGGCCCAUUCAGCUUGGUAGAUGAUCUUAGCAUGUUCAAGCUGGCACAAUUUGUUUGGCACUGUGCGAUCAUGUCACUGAAAUACUACGAGUUUAAUGAUAUAUUACAGUUUUCUUUUUUUUUCAGGAUAGAUGUUUUAUAUGUUUGUUAGGAAGCAGGUGUGCAUGUGAUUUUUAUCUAUAAUAAGUUUGCUACUGUUGCUAUUGAAGCUGCUUGAAAUUUUAUUUGUACUGUGUUCCUUUGACAAAUAAUAAUGUGAAGUAUCGAGUUCAAGCGAGAGGAAGCAGUGUUAAUUGUCCUGUGUUGCUGCACAAGUUUUUUCUCUCAAGUUCACAUUGAAUGUAGUUGAUGAUGCUCAGUCUGCGCUCUGUCAUGUCGUUCUGAUGUGAUCUGCAUGUUAUAUUGUCAUAUAUUCAGGACACACUACGCUGCUGUGAUCCAAUUUUUUGCACAAUGUGAUGUGCACUUUAUACAUGGGUGCUCUCAGAGCACGGUGCCCAUACGAUGUCGUGUAUUAAAGUACAAAUUGACUCUUGCUUCCUUCCUUGUCCUUUCGUUCUUUGUGCACCAUGUAAAAUCCUUUCUACUAAUGGGCUGCCCACUGGUAAUUAUAAACUGUCUGCUUCUAGCUAGCUAAUGUCUGCUGAACGUUGUAGCAGGCAUGUAAAAUGUGUAAAUUAGCUGUUAUAGCAACUGGACUAAAGAAGGGACACAGACUAUGAUGAUAUCCAACAACCAUGUGUUUAUUCUUUCAGGCAGCAUGUAUUCCCUGCUCUUUUUAGAAAAUAUAGCGAAAAACUAAAGCCCAUCAAGUACAGAAGUGAUGUAGCGAAUAAAACAUUAAUGAUAUCUCUAUUUGAGAAGUGAAAGGUGUGCAUGUAGAUUUCAUGUCUCUGCAUUUAUAUCAGACACGAAUGAUAUCUCUUUUUGAGAAGUGAAAGGUGUGCUUGUACAUUAUAUGUCUCUGCAUUGAUGUAGAUAGUGUUGACACUGAAUUCAGGCUAUCUUUGGAGCAGAACACAUCAAUUUCUAUGUAGCAUCUUUGGCACAAAGGCAAUGCUCUGGUAGAUUGGAACUGUGAGAGUAGUCUAGGAGGUGCUUUGGCUGUCCCAUCUGCUUCUUUUGUGAAUUGGUGGAGGGCGAAACAGCCAUGUGCAAUAUAAACAAGUGUGGGAAUCUGGACCUUCAUUUGAUGCUUAUGUCAUCUCAAUUAGUGAUGAACAGUUGGGUUCUCGCUGUCGUUUCAUGUGCUCUUAAGUAGGCACAAUAAAAAAUAUCCAGUGUUUUCUUACA